AUGGAUUUGCGCUACCACCUCACCUUCAUCGAUGAGAAGCCGUCCACCGAAAGUCCCAAAAGGUCCUCCAGCGAGCCUCCGGGUCAGGAGAGGGAGCAGCCAGAGGAGGCAAGACACGUGGAAAGUUUGUGGUGGCGAGCCGCGGCCCUCGGCGCAAGGAGCGUCGGCAGUUUUGGCCACCCGGAGCUUUGCUGCCGUCCUUGCGUGCACCUUACGCGGAACGGGUGCCCAGCAGCGGAGGAGUGCUUAUAUUGUCACCUGCCCCACGAUGUUAGCCGCGUCAGCUUAGACAAGCGCUCUCGCAACUUCCUCGAGGGACUGCGAGUGGGAGCGGUGCUCGCCGUGGUGCUGCCAGCCUUGCGCCAGCGAAUGGACAGGCUCCACCCAGAAGCGGCGGCACGCGCAAAGGAGUUGCUGCAGGCUUUAGAGCCGGAGGCGGAAGUCAUUCCGGAUGGCGCAAAUCGACGGCUGCAGUACCGUUUGGGCACUAUGACCUUUGCCGGCCUCAUGGGCCUGCUGACCAGGUACACUUCAGAUCACCUGGCAGACCAGGCUCGGGAGGCUCUUCAUCAGAUGCGCGCUCUGAGCGCCCUUUGUCGGUGCUAA